UCCGCGGUCGUGUUGUUAUAGCUAGCAUGUUCUCAAAGUGAAGCAAACACUAGUUCAGGAGGACACUUAUCAAGUUCUCAUGCGUUGCUAGCUAACUAUAUUUUUUGGUUUGCGGUAUUUGUAGUGCCUAAAAUACCGACACACUUACCUUACAGCUAAUCCACAAAAGCGGUCAGUGUUAUCCAGCUGCAUUACGAGAGGUAACGUUAGCGUAAAGCGGAACCUCGGUCUACCCGUUCUUAGCUCUGAAACUGGCCGUCAUGGGAGGCGUUCGCUGGGCGUUCCGGUGUGGCUCGUGGACGCCGAGCCGGUCCGAGUGGCUGUUAGCGGCCCGGUGUGUGCAGCGCGAAGAGAAAGAACGAAUCGGACAGUUCAUGUUUGCCAAAGAUGCCAAAUCAGCUAUGGCUGGCAGGUUGUUGUUGAGGAGGUUGGUAUGUGACAGGAUGGGUGUUCCCUGGUCUGACAUCCGCUUGGAGCGUUCUCCCAGAGGAAAGCCCUACCUGGCCAACCCAGCCUGCUCCAGCCCUGAAACCAUGGGCUGGAGUUUUAACAUCUCUCACCAGGGUGACUACGCUGUGCUGGCUGCAGAGCAGGGGCUGCAGGUCGGGGUGGAUGUAAUGAAGACCACCAUGCCAGGUAGCACUUCUGUGCCAGAGUUUUUCCGUAUCAUGACGAGGCAGUUUACUGAUUAUGAGUGGAGUGUUAUCCGCAGAGCAGGAUCGGAAUGGGAGCAACUGACCAUGUUCUACAGACACUGGGCGUUGAAGGAAAGUUUCAUCAAGGCGAUUGGCACAGGGCUGGGCUUUAAUCUACAGAGGGCGGAGUUUCACCUGUCACCUGAGCCAAUUGCAGAGGGCAAGGUGUGUCGCCGGACCACAAUGCACCUGGACGAGGAAGAAGAGGAGGUCUGGGCGUUCGAGGAGACUGUAUUGGGUAAGGACCACCAUGUUGCUGUGGCACUGGGACCCAGCCAUACAGUCAGAUCUGUGCCUCCCCCUGCCCUCACCGAUCCUCCCCCAUCCUUCACCUUCCUCUCCUUCAGUGACCUCAUCAGCAUGGCCACACCCCUCUUUGAAGAAGACUCCGCCUACUGGGAGAACUUCCAGAAAAAGGCUGAAGCCCCGGAAAGGCAGAGACUCAUAGCUACAGUAUGAGGACCGUACAGGAACAGUCGGUGAACAGCGGGGUUGGUGUGACUGAGGCAUCUGGAGGAGCUGGCCACUCUAACAACAAAUUGAAAUAGCAUUGAAAUAAUGUUGGUCCUCAGGCCUACCUAGAGUCAAUGUGUUAAUCAAAUGCCAGUGAUGGAAAGGGUUCCAUGACUGCAAAUUGCUCUUUUUUGGGGGUAUUGAUUCUGUAGGUUGCAAUCACCUGAAUUGAUUGUGGUCAUCUGUCAUUACUACACUGGUUGUUGACCAACAUACCUGUAAUGUGAUUAAAGGUUUGUAUGGCUUCUUAUCAUA